AUGACAAAAAUACUUCCAAAACAAUUAUUUUCUAUCUUUAAUAAUUCACUAGCAUUUAUCUCUAAAACAUCACCAUUAACAACAUUCAGCAACUCAAGAUAUGUCUUUUUGAUUACAGAUAUUAGUGAUGGAGAAAGAAAUCUUAUCAUCUAUGAUACAUUAAAAAAAGAAGAAACUAAAUUUAAAUUAAAUUUAAUUUAUGGUGAAAUUACUGAUGUUCCAUUAGCAAUCUACAUAAUUGAUCUAUAUAAUAUUAUUAUAAUAUCAGCACAUUUUGUUGAAAAGGCAUUACAUUUUGAAAAAGUACAGAUUCACCAUAAUAAAUACUAUGCAGAAGGAGUAGAAGGAACAGAGUAUGAUGUUCCAUGGAUCUACUCAGGAUAUACUUUCUAUGAAUUACAAAAUAAUAUUUUUCAAAUUAGUAAUGGAACAUUCAUACAACGUUAUGAAUUAUCUUCAGAGGCAAUUAAUUUGUUACAAACAAAACAAGAACAUGUUGAUAAAAUAAUAAGAAAAGUUAAAUAUGUUGCAUCAAGAGAAAAUUUAUACAUAAACAAUGGAAGACGUUUUAUUUUUACAGAUGAUUAUUUUUAUAUUCUUUUAUGUUCAAGAUCAAAUUUAAAUCUAAAUACUUUUUUUAAAGUUAAUAGAGAUAUAAAAAAAUAUUUUAAAAUUAAUCAUGGAGAAUUUAUAAUGAAUAAUAAAACAAAAAAAACCAUUCAACUUAUACAAAAAUCAAGAUCCCAAAUUAAUGAUUAUGCAUUUAAUGAAAAUAAAAAAAUAUUAUGGGUACUUUCACGUUAUACAUAUUCUCAAGAUUCAUUUAUGUAUAUUAUACUAAAAAUAAUACGUUCAAUUUUUGAAUUUUUAAUGAUAUUUUCAUGGCUUUCAAAUAUCUCAUAUUUCUUUUUAAGUAUUUUAAAAGAUGAAUAUUCAUUUGCUUUAUUUUGUAUAAAUAUUAUAUCAAAUGAAAUAAGAUUAGUUCAGGAUUUUACUUUAUUAGAAUUUUACUCCCCACCAUAUUUCUCUCCACCAGAUCAUGUAUCUUUAUUGAAUACAGAUGUAGAUACAGGUAAUGCCAUAGUAUAUAAACAUAGAACAAAGAAAAAUGGAGAUGUAUACGAAGUUCAAAACCCCUAUAAUAUACCACUUUUAAAAACAAUAGCAAGAGAUGCACUUUUUUCAAAAAAAAGACCCUAUGACAAGCUCCUUCAAUCAAUUGAAAAUAUAACAAAAUGGUAA